GAUUAUUAUUAUUAUUAUUAUUUGCUUUUCAAAUUUCCUUUCCCUCCCUCUCCCCCCUCCCCUCCCCGCUCUUUCUCCUCCUCCUCCUCUUCUCCCUCCCCUCCCCUCUUUUUAGAAAGAAUUGCCGGCAGCAAUUUUCGUUUCUCCUCUCCCCUCGCCUUCCUCACACCCCCCUCUCUUUUUUCUUUUUGCACGCGUGCUUUCUUUCCUUUUUAAAAUUACUAUUAUUUGAGAGGCGCCAUUUUUUUCACCUCUCUGGGAAAAGGAGACAGAGAGGAGAAAAAAAAGGAAAUCAGUUUCCACCUCGAUCGUGUGCAUCGCCUGCCUUUGCUUUUCCUCGGCCCCCUCCCUCCUCCUCCUCGCCACCUCGAGCCCGCCCCUCCGUCUCCCCUCUCCCGCCCGCCCACCGACCGCCCCCCCGCAUCUGACAGUUCCCAGCACGCCAUGGCUCCUCUGCACCAAAAUCGGCGAGCAGAAGCGGCCGCCGAACGAGCAACAACACCUUAGGCGGACUCUCGCAGGAGGGAUCGAAGCUCGCCCCUUCCCCCACCCCCACUUCACACAGCCCUCCCCGAGACCCGCAUCGCGGUCCGCUUCGUUGCGAUCCCCGUCGAGGAGGCGGCAAAGGAGGCAGACCCGCGUCGGGCGGCGGCGGACUUGGAAGCCCCGGAGCCGCUGCGCUUGGCUUGGCACGGACAGAAUGGUUGCAGAUCUGAACGCUUCUGAGCUUCUCACAGUGGUCGGACUAUUAGGACUCUAAGAGACCUUAACUGAGAGCUACCAUUCACUUCCUAGGGGUCCUCCCUUUUCCUCAACCACCCCCUUUCCUCCGUAUAAAACUUCUAUGGACCGGGGGCUUGCUAUGGAACCGAGGGAGAAUUUGGGCACUUCCCGGCAAAGGGGAAGCGAGACGGAUUUCCUGGGCUCUGCCGUUGCUUCUGCAAAGGCCCUACCUGCUCCCGGUGGUGCUGGGACGGAGGCCAUGCUGCCUACAUCCGGCUCUGCAAAAGGCGUCCCGGUGAGCAGUGAUCGUCUGGAGCCCGAGGAGGAAGAUGAGCUGUGUUCCGGGAGAGAUGUGGAUUCCACUUCCAAUGCGGACAGUGAGAAAUGGGUGCCUGGAGAUGGCUUGGAGGAGCAGGAGUUUUCCAUCAAGGAGGCGAACUUCACAGAGGGGAGUCUUAAACUGAAAAUCCAGACUACAAAGAGAGCCAAGAAGCCCCCCAAGAACCUGGAGAACUAUAUAUGCCCACCUGAGAUCAAAAUCACCAUUAAACAGUCAGGGGAGCAAAAGCUUUCAAGAGCCGGGAAAAAUAGCAAAUUAGCUAAAGAGGAGGACAGGUCACACUCCAAAAAGAAGGUUUAUGACAGGCUGCAAAAGCAUUCUGCUGUGCACUACGGUCCAGACCUCCACCAAGACUUCACCAAUGACACCUUAAAAUCACGGCACCAGCAAAAAAGCAACAGCCAGCAUCAUCUCGACUGGCCGGUAAGCUCUGAAUCUGGGUCAACUCCCCCAGCCUGCUUCAUUGCGCCAGAGCCAAACCGAGAAACCGCUGGUUCCUCCAAGAUCCCUGCUUCGGAGCCUGCUGUAUCUUUCAACAAGUCCCAAACUAAGAAAUCCAAUGCCAGCAACACCUGGGGUCAAUUGUCAAACAGUAAUAAUAAAGACCUUGCAGCGUGCAGUGCAGUCCUGGGGUCAAAUUCUCUGGGCUUAACUUCUCAGCCAAACAGUCUGUCUGAUUGCAAUGGUUUUUCACCACUAGCGAGUCAGGAGGGCCAAAAGGAAGCCCUCGAUCAACCCACAGGCAGCACAAAGAAAAAAUGCAGUAAAAAAGAUUUAAUCAUCCAAAACACAGACAUCGAAUGGGUGAAAAAUCCUCAGAAGUCGUUUGAAGCCAAAAGCCAUGACAGCUUGGAAGGGAAAAAGGAAUUCAGUGCAACCAAACCAUCACCUCCUAGGCAAAGCCCAAAUUCCACCAACAGUACUGAAAAUGAUUCGAGUCAUGUACGGAUUACCAUCCCAAUCAAGACUCCAGUCGUGGAGCCGCCUGGUCACAAAAGGAAGAAACGGCAGUCUGCAAAAACUGUUGUUGACAAGAAUGUCCCAGAGAAAACCCCACCUUCCGGACAUGCUGUGAGCAGCGAUGUAGCCAACAGGACUAACUCACAAGCAGAGGUGUGCAAGAAAGAUGUGCGAAUCACAAAACAAGGGAAAGCUGUUGAGAGUGAGCCUUCAUUGGUACCAGUGGAAAGCAAUGAGUUAGCCAAUAAGUCUCCCACUACCAACACCACCAGGCUCAGGAAGUCUGCAGUUGUGACAUCUGUUUCAGUUGCAAGUGAUAUCCCAACACCAAGCAAGCACCCAGAGGUUCAGCACCCAAAGUUUGCAGCAAAGCGAAGGUGGACUUGUAGCAAACCUAAAAAUGUGGUACGGGAGCCUUCUCUAGGCCUCCCCGAGAAACUGAUGGUAGAACCUCCCUCAGCUUAUCCCAUAACACCAUCUAGUCCUCUGUAUACCAAUACAGACAGUCUUACUGUGAUUACUCCCAUCAAGAAGAAGAGGGGGCGACCAAAGAAACAGCCUUUGCUCACUGUUGAAACCAUCCAUGAAGGAACAUCCACCAGCCCAGUCAGUCCAAUCAGCCGGGAAUUUCCUGGCACAAAGAAGAGGAAGAGGCGGCGGAACUUGGUGAAGUUAGCCCCAAUGGCACCAGGGGAAGAUAACAGCUCUAUCAGCGAGCUGAAAUUUCACAAGAAGGUUGGCAAGCUUGGCGUACUGGAUAAGAAGACCAUCAAAACUAUCAACAAAAUGAAGACUCUCAAGAGGAAGAACCUUUUGAGCCAGAUCUUAUCCUGUUCUAGUAGCAUAGCUUUGAAAACAAAAACCCAACCGCCAGCCAAUAUAGGGGCUCCGACCAUCGAUGCCAGACUAGGGAAGCAAAUAAAUGUGAGCAAGAAGGGGACUAUCUACAUCGGCAAGAAAAGGGGGAGAAAGCCAAGAUCUGAGCUGCAGCCCCCACUGGAAGAACCGAAGACAGCCAUGAAACAUUUGAGGCCUGUAUCCAGCCAGCCAGAAAACCCAGCAGUGCCUUCCACCUUGCAGUCACUUGUGGCAUCAUCACCAGCAGUUGCCCAUCCACUUUCGACGCAGUCUAAUGGCAACCUUAGCCCCGCCAGCACUGAAACAAAUUUUUCAGAGUUAAAGACUAUGCCAAAUCUACAGCCCAUCAGCGCUCUUCCCACAAAAACUCAGAAAGGAAUUCAUGGCGGGACUUGGAAGUUGUCCCCGCCCAGGCUCAUGGCGAAUUCUCCAUCCCACCUUUGCGAUAUAGGUUCCCUGAAGGAAGUCACGCUGUCUCCAGUGAGUGAAUCCCACAGUGAGGAAACCAUACCCAGUGAUAGUGGGAUAGGUACUGACAACAAUAGUACUUCUGACCAAGCGGAGAAGACUUCAGAAUCUCGCAGAAGAUACUCAUUUGAUUUCUGCAGCCUGGACAAUCCAGAGGUCAUUCAGUCUGACACCAGCACUAAGAACAGGCAUAGUCACCGGCAGAAGCAUCUCAUCGUUGAUAACUUUCUCGCGCAUGAGACCAUGAAAAAACCAAAGCACAAGAGAAAGAGGAAAAACUUGCAGAACAGAGAUGAUCUCCAGUUCCUGGCAGACCUGGAAGAGCUCAUCAGCAAGUUCCAAGUGUUCAGGAUUUCUCACAGGAGCUACACGUUUUACCAUGAAAACCCGUACCCCAGCAUUUUCAGGAUUAACUUUGAUCAUUAUUACCCUAUGCCAUAUAUCCAGUAUGACCCUUUGCUGUAUCUCCGCAGGACCUCCGACAUGAAGUCUAAGAAGAAGCGUGGUAGACCUGCCAAAACCAAUGACACCAUGACGAAGGUGCCUUUCUUACAAGGGUUUGGUUACCCUAUUCCCAGUGGGAGUUACUAUGCACCCUAUGGAAUGCCUUACACAUCAAUGCCUAUGAUGAAUCUUGGUUACUACAGUCAGUAUCCAGCUCCUUUGUACUUGUCUCACACUCUCGGCUCAGCUUCUCCGUUCAUGAGGCCUACUGUGCCUCCUCCCCAGUUCCAUGCAAGCUCUCACAUGAAGAUGCCCAAUACUGCCAAGCAUAAAGUAAAACAUGGUGUUCACUUGCAGACACCUGUGGGCAUGGGCCUUGGGGAUGUGCAUUCUUCACUGACCUCUCCAAAGGUUGCAGGGACAAGCAUGCCCAGUGGACGACUUCACAAAAGGAAACACAAACAUAAGCACAAACACAAGGAGGAGCGGAUAUUGGGGGCUCACGAUGACCUGAGCAGUCUCUUUGCUAGCAAGGCCACUGGCUUCUCCAGCCACUCUGUCAGUGAAAGAUUAAAUGUCUCAGACAAAGACCUCUCCUUGUUGGCUGAGAAAAGCAAGCAUAAAGAGAAGCAGAAGCACCAGCAUUGUGAAACCGGGCACAAGGGUUCCAAGAGCAACUUUGAAGUGGAUACCUUGUCGACGUUGUCGCUCUCUGACACCCAACAGUGGGUGCAGAGCAAGGAUAAGAGUAACUCAAGCAAUGAUCCCAUUGACUCUUGCAUGAAGAGGUACUCUGGGAACACUGAGAGCAGUAGGUCCGAGUCCCUGGACGUGUUUGGAGAGAUUAAUUCCUUGAGCGAAAAGCGGGACAUUGACGGGAGCGGGAGCAAAAGGAGGAGCUUUGAAGGAUUUGGGACCUACAGGGAGAAGGACCUUCAGACCUUCAGGACAAGUAGGAAGGACCGGAAUUCCUAUGACUCCUCGUCCGGUUCAGGAAUUGCCGGUUCCCACCUAAAAGCCGACCAUACUUCGCUGCAUAAUAAAACGGAGGGUUCUGCUUCUUCUGUGAUGACUCGUCGGAAACCAGCAUCCCUUGAUAGCGUUGUGAUGUCCUCGACCCCGGUAUUCUCUCUUUUACCUUCAUCAACAGCAGCAGCAUCAGAAGCAGCCAGCUCGCCACUCAAGAAACGAUUCAAGCGCUGUGAGAUCGAAGCAAUCCAGUGCGAGGUGCGCAAGAUGUGCAACUACACCAAGAUUCUCUCCACAAAGAAGAACUUGGAUCAUGUGAACAAAAUCCUGAAAGCCAAGCGGCUGCAGAGACAAUCAAAGACAGGCAAUAACUUUGUCAAGAAGAGGCGUGGGCGUCCCCGGAAGCAGCCUCUCUCAUUUGACGAAGACUCCAGAGACCAAAUGCCAGUUUUGGAAAAAUGUGUUGACCUGCCUUGCAAACGAGGCCAGAGAUUCACACUGAAUCCUUUAAUAUUGGAACAAACAGCCAGUCAAGAUACAAUUGCAGCCACCAUUGAGGCUGUAAUACACAUGGCCCGAGAGACAUCCCAGUCACCCCCUGCACCACCGCCUCCUCCUUCACGGCCACCAAGAGUUGGAAAAAGGAAAAAUAAGUCGCAGCAGCAUCCAGAGGAAGAGGAGGAUGAAGUGAAGGUGAAAAGGCACCGGAAAACUAGAGGAUGCGACAGCGAAACCCUUGCCUAGUGACAGACAUGGCCACGCAAAAGACAGUGCUGGAUGUUUAGCACCCUGGGACCAACAGAGCAGAGUGCUCAGCUGGGCAGGCCAGCUUGACAUCUUCCACAGUGUUAGACUUGCUCUGUAUUUCAGUAGCACAGCAGCCAUUUUAAAAAAUCAGAUAGGAAUGACCAGUAAUAAUUACAAUAACAAUAACAGAUCUUUGGCAUUAGCCCUUAGGUUGAUAAUGGGGAUGGGGUACUGGGGGAGAUGUUCAAAGCUAGUGAGUCCAUCCGUUUUGCAGAUUUUCUGUUAACAAAAAUCAGCUUUGUUAUUUGCGUGUCUCAGAAGGGAAGGGGGUCCACCCAACGUCACUAGAGCUUCACAAAUAACAGGAUUAGUAGUAUCCCAAAUAGGAUUGUCAACAAUUUUCUUCAUAGAAGUUCAAGACCCUUUUGAUAGAUGCAUUGCAGGGAGAAAUCCACCAGCAGCCACUUCUGCAGUCACUGCUGCUCCAUGAAGGGGAAAAAUUGCACUCAUCAGAUUUCUUCAUGCCAUGCACCUUUUAAAGCACAAGGGCCUCUACCAGGAGCAAAGCUGGCAACCCUAAAGAGUGGAAAUUGCUGUAAUCUUUCAAACAAAAGUGUGAAUUCCUCAACUGUGCUCUUGGUUUUAAACUGCUUUGAAAAUGUUUGUAUUUUGUUUUGGGUUUUUUUAGAAAUUCUCUGCAGGCUUCAUGCAACUGAAUCCCAAGAUCUGAAUUGCUUACUCUUCAAUCUUAUAAUUUCCCCUCCACCCUCAGUAAUUUGCCCAUUGCAAAUAAAUAAAGGGCAAGUAAAAUAGGCGAGACAAGUGGAGCCCUACUUUAUGGAGCAAGAUUAAUCUCUAAUCACCAUCCUAAAAUAUAAGAGAAUAUCAGAGUGCUUCACAUAAAAACAAAAGCCAACUUUUCACUAACAUGGUCUUCCCACUAAUCUCAUUGGUGAUGGAAGCAAGGGUUCACCAGUGGCCCAGUUUAUUUGGGGAGCAGAAGAGGGCUUGGAACAGCAGGAAUGUAGAGGUGAUUAAAGAGGCAAGGAAUCCAGGGAGGAUACAAGCCUGUGAAACAUUUGCUGCCCCAGGCACAUCAGUGGGAAACGUGGGGCAAACAUUUUUGCAAGAUUAUGUCCAAACAGUGUAGCAAUGCCUUGACUUAUUUUUCUACAGUGAAAAUAGCGGAGGUCAUUUAAAAAAAAUAAUCCACACAGAAUAAAACCAGAGGAAGAAAUAUAUCACUUCUCGAUAGGCAUUUCUAAAAUUAAAAUAAUAAAAAGGAGUAAAGUGUUCUUAUCUAAAAUAAUAAAAACCUAAAUGUUCAAAGGAUAUCACCACUGCUGUUAAAUUAAUGCCACUUUGAACACUCCCUCACCCCACCCUGCCAAGUUGUGGUUGCCUUAAUAAACUAAAAAAUAUUUUUUCCUUUUGUACAUAAUGUAAUUAAUUAUAAAAAAGGGAAGAAACCAGUCUGCAUGGACACAAACUGUAUGUGGCAAAUUGUCUCUUUAAAUUGUCCGUUUCAGUUGUCCAGUUAAAACUCAAAGUGUACUUUUAUCCACAUAAUUUUUAGGCUUAAAUACAUAUAUAUAUGGGUUGUAUUCAACAUAACGCUAAGCUGAACGUUCCAUUAGUGCAGGAUUUCUCCUUGCGUAACUGAAUGUUCUCUCCCUCUCCUCUGUUUGCGUGCCCCCUAAAUUUGUUCGGGGAUUCCCCAACCCUGUGGAGCAGAUUUGAGAAUGGCGCGGGAAAAGCGUAUGGGGACAAAGAGAAGAGUCUUCUUGUGCUGGCAUGAAUCCUAUUUCAUUGAAUACCAUCCUAUAUAUGAAGCAAUUUGCCAUAGCCAAAUUAAGAAUUAUUGAUUUAAGCAACGCUGUGCAGACUAAAAUCAAGUACUGAAAAUAUUACUUGAUUGCAGUAAUAAUACUUUCUCUUUUUAAAAAAAUAAUGAAAGUUAGUUGUUGAAAUUUAAAACAGGUGCCUGACAAAUUCCUUUCCUUUCCCCCAUUAAUUUCAUCAUUGUAGAGAGAUCCUAGCAUGGCACAACUUCUGCUAUGAGCUCAUACUGGAGAAACUUGGAGGACUUGUUUCAAUAAAACACAAGCUAAUUUUUGGGUCGGGUUUCAGGGGGUGGGAAUACAUAAUGAAUAUUUAGGAGAGAAAAUUAUAAUCAGCAGAACAUUUAUUUUAAAAAGAAACCACCCUUACCCUUUCCCCAGCCCUAUUAGCAAUGGAUGGUAUUCAGUGCAGGUCAUACUAGGAGUAAACCCGUUGAAGUUAAUAAACAUGACAAACAGGUUUGUUAAUUUUUGGGUCUACUCUGAGUAGGACUUAACUGAAUACAACCCUGUAUGAAUAUUCCCGUGACUUACUUGCAAAUUGCCAUCAAGACAUGUUCCUGUUAUAUGUUCCAGUGGGGCGCAUCAGUCUCUAUAUGAUCCCAGAUUGUCGCCUCUUAAGUGUGAGAAAAGGCUUCAUGCACAUGUGAUGGAGCCUUCCACAAAAGAGAAUGAGGCACCUCACUCACAUGGGCCACUCUUCUGUGCUCCUUUUGAAUGAUAUCAGGGUACCAGAAAUGAAUGUGAAGUGUUCGGGAAUCACAUUUGCUAAGUUGUACCGGUAUGCUUCAACUUAUUUACAAGUCUCCAUUCAAACUCUACUUUUCUAGUAUCGAGGUCGUGUCAGUGCAGUCUAUCCUCAUGUUGCUCCAGUAAUGUAUGGAUACAGAAACCAUAGUUGUUUUCCUUCACCACUUCCCACCAGGCCUUCCAUCCAUCAAACCUCCAUCAGCUUCUAGCUCUCAGCACUCAUUACCAUAAUGGCUUUUCAGUCCUUUGGACCGGCUUGACUUUCCAUUCUCCACCCAGUUCCCAUUUCACCAUGAUCCAUAUAAACCUUAGGCAAACUCCCAUACAGUCUAAAAGUGUGCCUGAAAGAUGAUGAUGAUUUUGCCACAUCUGACUAUUGUUUUUCUCCCAUGAAUAAUCCUUUGCAGAUUACAUUUUCCUGCACUGCUAUGCAUCGCCCCCAAAUGUGUCUGUAAUGUCAGAGUGGGAGGACAAGUACGUAUCUGGGUCUCGAAAUUUGGAGAUGCUGGUGCAUACUGCAACUUAGUGAUGCAUAUAUCCAGACCACAAUGGCCAGUUAAGUUGCCCUUCACUGCAUUUCUGUGUCUUGUUUUAUGGCAAGGCUGUACAAGUUGUGACAACAAGGCAAGUGCUGCCAUAUACUUAAUAACUACCACUUCCAGACAGCAACAAAACCAGCUGCUUUAUCAAGCUCCUGCUGGACAGGCCACCAUGCUACCAAUGGCCAAUGGCUACCGUUUUGACUUGCUGGGUCACAAAUUGUGCACAUCUGUUUUAUGAUCCAUUGAACUCAGCUCUAGGAAGCUGCCUUAUACCAAGUCAGCCAUCUAACUCAGUAUUGCUCUCCAGGAUUUCAAACAUAGUCUGUCUCCCAGUUCUACUUGGAGAUUGCAAGGAUUGAACCUGGGACCUUCCACAUGCAAAGCAAGACGCUCUACCACUGAGCUAUGGCCCUCUCCCUUCGAUCCACAUAUUACAGGACACUUUUUUUUUCAAUGAAAACAUUAACAAUAAUAUAGGAAAAAGCACCUGACUGAUUUGGCAUUAAGGAGCACUUGACAAACAGGUGAAUGUUUGCUUCUGAAUCUGUUAACCAUCACAUGUCCUUUUAAGGCCAAAUUAGCAUCAUUUUUGUACCUGAGUUUCCCUUAAUACCUUGGCAUACACAAACAUGCCUGUGUGUAGCUGUCAUGGCAGAGUUAUCACACAUUUUGGUGACUUUGGUCUGCAUCUGCAAAAAAACUGCCAUGUCAUUGGAGCGGCCACUUUGCCAUUGUAAAUCCCUUCACACAUUCUUUUUUGUUAACCAGUACAUGUAAAAAUCUUUUACAUCUGCAGAUAGAAAACCAAGCUAGUAUAUUACAGAGAAAGGAUCACCACUGUUUUCAUGCCAGAUGUACAGAAGGAAGCACGCGUGCAUAUGCCACUGCGGAAUGUGUGAUGUCAUCCUUUAGUGUGCACCACUCUCCUAUUAGGAAAGUAAGCUACCUGAGACCAGGCACUACAGAUCUACCUUCUCCAUCCAGUAACAAUAAAGAGGAUGCAAGCACAUAAAAUAACACUGAACAGUGCAAUGCUAUCCAUGUCUAUUUAGAAGUUCCAUUAAGUUCAGUGGGACUUACUGCCUGGCCAGUGUGUAUAGGAUUGUAGCCUCAAGCUGUGCAGCCCCAUUGAGCACAGUGAGAUGUAUUUCCAAGUAAACAUGCAUAGAGUUGGACUAUGAAGGUCUGGCUAUCCUUUGGCCCACGUCUCUUCAGCAAGUCGUCUUGAUAUCACAUUUUAGCCUAGUGCCAGCAUCUAACGACUGGCCUGCAAAACCAUCCCUAUGUUCAACCUCCUCCCAUGUAAAUAUUAUUAAAACAGGAGGAGAAAGGGCUUUCCACCCCAAGGGUGAGCCACACUAAAGCCAUCGGCUUUUAUCUGGAAUCCCCAAAUUUCAUAGCAACCCACACAAGGCAGCCUUCCUGGUUAUUGCUUUUCCACAAGAAUUUGGAAACAAAACAUUCAAAUAAAGUGAGGUAAUGCCACAGCCCAUGUUUGUCUGUUUGGCCAAUGGCUAGCACAUGGCUACAAUACCACCUUCGCCAACCUGGUGCCCUCCGGAUGUUGUUGGACAAUUGCUGUAAUAUUUAGGAUUAGAAAGCAUCGUUCGUACAAGAGCAAGCUGAUGCUGUAAGGUGGCACCACAGAUUAGUGUUUUGCAUGUCACGUAGCCUAUCAAUACAAUUAAAAAGCCACUGACAGGAUAAUAAGAUAAAGGAAUGUACUGUAUGCAGAUUGUUCAGGGUAUCAUUUUUAGGGUCCAAGGCUGCACAGUAUUACACAAUCUGCAUGGUGUGCUCUUUAAAUUAAAACAAAAAUUCAUCCCAUCCCGUUGCAGCAUUUCCUUAGUUGAGAUGUUCCAAAUUCUUAAAACGCAUUUGUCAGACCCAAGUAUUUUCCAAAAAAAGAGAAGCUGCAAUGGCGAGCAGGAAUCAGGUCUCUGGCCUCGAUCCAGCUUUUCAUCCAAAGACACAUGCAAGGCAACUCGGUGCACAGACGAGCAUUGCGAUGAAGAUGUGGAUGUGCAUUCAGAUGUGCAGGUGGAAAUCUGCACAGAUUCCCCCUCACCAAAUUAGGGCGAUUUGAGUUCCUAUAACUCACGAAUGUACCAACUUCUGUAUUGCAGUUUCAAAGACCCCACUUAAGAUGUUUUUGAAAGGGAAGAGAAGGGAAAGGAAAUCAUCUCAGUGAAAAAACUGGUUGGAUAUACAUACAGAAAUUUUGCAACACUGAGGCGUCGGCAUCAAUAAAAUGACAGAAGAUGAAAAGCAUAAUCUUGCUCUAAGAACAAUACAGUUCAUUUACAAUGCUUCUCUUUUGGGCCAUGAGGAAUGUCACGAUAAAGAUGCUCCAAAAUCCAUCCCUCACCACCUAUGAUUUUUUUUUACUUCAAAUAAAUUUGGGUGGGGCCAGAGUCUCAUAUAAGUUUAAUACAGCUCUGUAUUCUAGUAAGGGCAUGCUCUUCUUUCAGUUUUCCAAUAGAAAUGCCCUCCAGAAUGAGGUCUGUUUCUAACAUACAGAUUUAGUGAUAUUUUCAAUUUAGACAUGUCCCCCACCCCCAAAAAAGAUUAAGGUUCAGCCAUGACUGAUUUACACCCCAAGCAGAAAUAUAAAUAUUUGCUGGUGUCAGGUUGGCCAGGAUGGGCCUUUGGUCUCACCCAGCAGGGCCCUUCCUACCUUCUUAAUUUUGGGAUAACAUUAUUAUUUGAAGCCUUGGUCUCUCUGUUGGCUUUUCUCCAUUCAAACAGUUUAAACUGCUAACACAGCAAGUCAGGAUUGGGUUGUUAAUCAGAAGCACAUUUCAACAAAGAAAUCUAUUGAGGAUCUUCAUAAAAUGCCUGCCUAUACUGUAAUAAAACAAAUCAUUUAGAAGUUUGUUUUCCCCUUUCAAAGGAAGGGGAGAAAAUUAAAAGAAAGGCCAAUUUUGUCAACAUUGGGGGAGGGGAUGGUACAACCCCAUGUUGAAAGGUUUGUUUAUUUUUUUUAAAUGCUGUUUCUUAAAUAGUAAUACUAAAUGCACACAAAGUGUUAAAUAUGUAUAUACUGUAUUUCAAAAAUUUAAAAAAAAUCCUACAAAAAUGGGGCACAAAAUUGUUCUAUAAGUUGUGCUGGCUACUUUUUAGUUUAUACUCAUAAGUGGUUUUUAAAAGCCUUUUUUAACGUGUAAUUUGCAUGUUCUACUUUGAUUGUAUGUAAACAUAUUUUAGAGCAAAAAAAUGUAUUUGUAUUUUAUUGAAUAUAGAGGCAAGACAAAAAAACUUGUACAUUUGUUUGAAAUGUUCUUUUUGUAACGGUUUUUAUUCAUGAAGCAUUUUUGUACAUUUAAAAAAACGGAUACGGACUUGCUGUUAUUUGAGGGUUAGGUACAUCUGGCAUGCUAAAUUGUCAUGCUCUUUCAUGAUUUUAGAUGUUGGUUUUUAAACAUUUUUUUCUAAAAGGACGCUCCAGUCUUUUCGCUACCAGAUCAGGUUAGCACAGUAUAGAGCACUUAACUAUUAAAAAAAAAAAUACCAGAAAAAAGGGGGGGAAAGUUAAUCCUAUUCAUAUGUUAUUCAUUGUGUGAAAUUAAAGGAAUUC